GAAAUAUUGGGAAGCGAAUCACUUCAUGAGAAAGAAGUCAGGGAUCAGAACGUGCUUUGAGGAAACCUGCUAAGAUUGCACUACUUGAGAGUCUGAAGACAUGAUUUUACUGCGAAUCACAGCGAAUCGAUGGGGGUUCCUUCGGGGUGCCUUCGAUGUAGGAUGUCGACUGGCUUCAACAUCCGAGGGUGCCCUGAAGAGGACUCCAUUAUAUGAAUUCCACCGGGAUCAGGGUGGAAAGAUGGUCGAGUUUGCAGGGUGGUCAAUGCCAGUGCAAUACAAGGACAGCCACAUCUCUUCCCACCUGCACACCCGGCAGCACUGCUCUAUCUUUGAUGUCUCACACAUGCUGCAGACCAAAGUGCAUGGAAAGGAUGGUGUCAAGUUUAUGGAGAGCAUGGUGGUUGGAGACAUUGCAGAACUCAAAGAUAACCAGGGAACUCUGUCUCUAUUCACCAAUGAGAAGGGGGGAAUUAUUGAUGACCUGAUUGUUACCAAAACUGAUCUUGGUUACUUAUAUGUUGUGUCCAAUGCUGGCUGUGCAGAAAAGGAUUCGGCUCACAUGCAGGCCAAGCUGAGUGAGUUUAAAGCUGCCGGCCACGAUGCUGAUUUGGAAUUUCUGGACUGUGCCUUGAUUGCUUUGCAAGGUCCUGCCUCUGCCCGUGUCCUUCAGGCUGGCAUGUGUGAUGACCUGACAAAACUGACCUUCAUGACAAGCAGAAUAAGCAAAGUGUUUGGGAUACCUGAGUGCAGGGUGACACGCUGCGGCUACACUGGUGAAGACGGAGUGGAGAUAUCUGUACCUGCUAAGCAUGCUGUCCAGUUAGCUGAGUCACUUUUGAAAGACAAUGCUGUCAAAAUGGCUGGUCUGGGUGCCAGAGACAGUCUACGGCUAGAAGCUGGACUCUGUCUCUAUGGGAAUGAUAUAGAUGAGAACACCACUCCAGUGGAGGCUAGCCUUGUCUGGACAAUUGGGAAGCGUAGACGGACCACUUUAGAUUUCCCAGGUGCCUCUGUGGUGGUUCCACAGAUCAAAGGAAAGACUACACGAAAGAGGGUUGGCUUGCUGUCUGAAGGUCCCCCUGUUCGGCAGCACACCCCUAUUCUGUCCCCUGAAGGAAAGGUAAUCGGUGAGGUGACCAGCGGCUGCCCAUCGCCCUGCCUCAAGCAGAAUGUAGCCAUGGGUUAUGUGGAGACUGAGUUUAGCAAAGUCGGGACCCCAGUCAAGGUCGAAGUUAGGAAGAAGGUGGUAGACGCAGUGGUCAGCAAAAUGCCUUUUGUCCCUACACGCUAUUACACUGGAAAAUAGAAGAACCAAGCUAAAUUAAAUAUAUCUGUAGUACCACUCAUGCAACGCAGAUGCUGAUGGCAAGAUUGACCAGCCUUGUUUCCCCAGUAAUAUUGGUAAUAGAAAUAAAAUAAAGAAUCAAUCGAUUCAGAGAAUAAUGAGGCCCAUGCCUAGACCGAAGUCAAUAAAACUGGAAAAUUGUGUGUUGGGGAUUUUUUUUAAUCUGAAGCAUUUGCCGAGCUCGAGUGGUGUGUGAGAUGCACCUCAGAAUUUCAGAGUGUAUCCUGUACAAUUAUCCAAAACCUAAACUGCUAAAGUGAUUUAUCUUUUGUCAAUGUUUCUUUGCUGUAAUAUACUGGAGUUACUGCAACUUCAUCAGAUUCUGUUUGGGUCCCCAACCUCUGCAACAGCUGUUGAACACUUGCUCACUCCUGCUGAGUAAAAUGAAUAUAAGAUGAAAUUGUUCAAGUGCAAAAACUCGGCCCUGGUACUUUUGGGGUAGAAGGAGCCAUGUGGCUGGAGAGGAAGUUGAUUUUAAUAGGUCCCUGCUAAUAACACUUUUUUUUUUUUUUUUUUGCAUUAACGAAUGAUUAUUAAUUUGUAUUCUUUGUAGUCAUCUUCUCCUAAAAAGGCACUAAAAGCAAAAACAUUAAAGAAUACCUAACAAAAAUAAAACUGACAUCUUGUCUUUGCUUUUAA